CCCUCCCUGGGAGUUAAGCACGCGGCAGCCUCCGUCUUGUUAGUUUGCGUUUGUUUGCGGCGUUAAAUCAUCAUGCGGCGAUUUGUUAUACUUUGUGUCGUAUUUGCGAGCGUUACAAAGGGUAAUCAAGCCAGGGACCGUUUCACAGAGUGCAUCCGAUCCGACGGGGCUGACUACAGAGGCGAACAGCAGAUCACGUUAACGGGUAGAAAGUGCUUGAACUGGGCAGGCGCCACCAGAGACUAUGCAGUAACAGCUGGCCUUGACCGCCACACAGGAAUUGGCGACCACAACUUCUGCCGUAACCCAGACUCCUCCAUGACGCCUUGGUGUUACGUGGUUGGGCAGGACGGCCUGGUCCAGAGACAAGCCUGUGUCAUUGAAGUCUGCAGAGUCCAUGUCCUCUCAACUCAAGGCGAGGGUGCAGCAGUAGGACCUGCCGUGGGACCUGGCCGCUGGAUCCGCACUGACCCCACCAGAAAGAAAGACCUCGGAAUUGGGGGAUAUGUCCUUGGAAUCAUCAUGAUGACCCUCAUCAUUUUGCUCGGAAUGGGAAUAGCGGGUGGAUACAUCUAUAAGAUGGGGCGGGGCCUGCGGAGGCGGCAGGAGCGGCAGGAGCAUGAGCAGGAGAUGCAGCGACUGGCUCUUCCCCUCUCUGCCUUCUCCAACCCCACCUGUCAGCUUCUGGAUGAGGUCACCACAGCUCUAGCCAGCACCUCCGCUGAGGAGAGGGUCCCGGCUGGGGGAGACGACCCCCACGUCAGCCAGCGGGGGACACCAGGGGCCUGAAAAGGGUACCUGGCCCAUCCCUGCACCCCCACCCUCAGCACUGACAACCGUAGGCCUUGAUUCUGCUCAAAGGCAGUGGGCAGCCCCUAUCCCAGGGGUCACCAACAUGGUGCCCACUGGCACCAGGACGCCCCCAAGGACCACGAGUCGCCCGCGGACCUAAAAAUAGCACAACUCACCAGUGAGCAGCAUCUAAAAU